AUGGUGAACUUCACGGUCGAUCAGAUGCGUGAGAUCAUGGACUACACAAAGAAUAUUCGUAAUAUGUCCGUGAUUGCUCAUGUUGACCACGGUAAGUCAACGUUGACCGACUCCCUUGUGUCCAAGGCCGGCAUUAUUUCGGCCAAACACGCUGGUGAAGCCCGAUUCACAGACACUCGCGCGGAUGAGCAGGAACGGUGCAUUACCAUCAAGUCGACGGGUAUCUCUAUGUUUUUCGAGUACGAUAUGGAUGCUGGUGAGAAAGCCACAGCUGACGCAAUUGCAAAGGAUACCACCGCAGAGCCAAUUGCGGCAGAUCCGGACCAAGAGGUUGUUAUCAACAAGAAUUCAUAUUUGAUCAACUUGAUUGACUCACCUGGUCACGUUGACUUUUCGUCGGAAGUGACAGCUGCCCUCCGUGUAACGGAUGGUGCCUUGGUUGUGGUGGACUGUAUUGAAGGUGUCUGCGUGCAGACCGAAACAGUGUUGCGUCAGUCGAUCAGUGAACGCGUGAAACCUGUGCUUAUGGUGAACAAGGUAGACCGUGCUCUUUUGGAAUUGCAUCUUGAACCUGAAGACUGCUACCAGUCGUUCACUCGUGCUAUUGAGACGGUUAAUGUUGUCAUUGCCACUUACUUUGAUGAGAAACUGGGUGAUGUCCAGGUGUAUCCUGAAAAGGGCACGGUCGCAUUUGGUUCGGGUCUUCACCAAUGGGGAUUCACGCUCAAAAAAUUUGCUCGUCUUUAUUCCAAAAAGUUUGGCAUUGCUGAGGACAAAAUGAUGCAAAAGUUGUGGGGCGACUGGUACUUUGACGCGACAAACAAGAAAUGGACGAGUAAGAACAACGCUGAAGGUUCUCUUAAGCGAGCUUUUUGCCAAUUCAUCAUGGAUCCCAUCAUCAAGAUGUUUGACGCCAUUAUGAACGAUAAGAAGGCAAAGUUCGAGAAGAUGAUGAAGGCCGUUGGAGUUGAGUUGAAGUCGGAUGAGAAGGAUCUGACAGGAAAGCCUCUCUUGAAGCGUGUAAUGCAGCGCUGGUUGCCGGCUGCUGACGCCGUCUUAGAAAUGAUUGUUGUGCAUCUACCGUCUCCCGUGACUGCCCAACGUUAUCGCGUGGACACUUUGUACGAAGGUCCACAGGACGAUGAAUGUGCUGAAGCUAUCCGCAAAUGCGAUGUCAACGGUCCGCUAGUAAUGUAUGUGUCUAAAAUGGUGCCGACUUCAGACAAGGGACGUUUCUACGCUUUUGGUCGUGUUUUUGCCGGUAAGAUUGCCACCGGCCAAAAGGUGCGCAUGCUUGGCCCGAACUAUGUGCCCGGUAAGAAGACAGACUUGUGGGUCAAGAACAUUCAGCGUACGGUCAUUAUGAUGGGUCGUUACGUCGAGCAGACCCCCGAUAUCCCAGCUGGUAACACGUGCGCUCUUGUGGGUGUUGAUCAGUACUUGUUGAAGUCUGGUACUAUUACAACCUCUGAAACGGGCCAUACCAUUCGCACGAUGAAGUUCUCUGUGUCACCCGUUGUACGUGUGGCUGUUGAACCAAAGACCGCUUCCGACCUGCCUAAGCUUGUUGAAGGUAUGAAGCGUCUUUCCAAGUCUGACCCUAUGGUCCUUUGUUACACGGAAGAGUCAGGUGAACACAUUAUUGCUGGUGCUGGUGAGCUCCAUCUUGAAAUUUGUCUUAAGGAUCUUCAGGAGGAGUUUAUGGGCACGGAGGUUAAAGUCUCGGAGCCUGUUGUAUCCUAUCGUGAAACCAUCACUGGCAACUCUUCCAAGACUUGUCUAUCCAAAUCACCUAACAAGCACAAUCGUCUAUUUUGCGAAGCUACACCUCUGGGUGACGAGCUAACUCAAGAAAUUGAAGACGGCAAAGACGAGGUUUCCACCCGUCACGAUUUUAAGCUCCGUGCUCGUUACUUGGCUGACAACCACGGCUGGGAUGUGACAGAUGCUCGUAAAAUUUGGGGAUAUGGCCCGGACGGCACUGGACCUAAUUUGUUCGUGGACGCCACCAAGGGUAUUUCUUACCUGAAUGAAAUUAAGGAGUCAGUACUUGGUGGCUUCAAUUGGGCCACGAAAGACGGUGUUCUUUGCGAGGAGGUUGUGCGAGGAAUGCGUGUGAAUUUACUUGAUGUGGUGCUUCAUGCUGAUGCCAUUCACCGUGGUAUGGGCCAGAUCCUACCCACCACUCGUCGUGUGGUGUAUGCUUGCCAGUUGGUGUCGGAGCCAGCCCUCAUGGAGCCGGUAUUCCUUGCCGAUAUCCAGGUGCCUCAAGAUGCCGUCGGUGGCGUAUACGGUGUUCUGACCCGCCGUCGCGGUCACGUGUUUGCCGAAGAGCAGCGCCCAGGUACCCCAAUGAUGCAGCUGAAGGCUUAUUUGCCUGUCAACGAGUCCUUUGGCUUCACGGCUGACCUGCGUCAAGCAACGGGUGGCAAGGCUUUCCCUCAGUGCGUGUUUGACCACUACCAGGUUAUUAGCGGAGACCCAACCGAUUUAGGCAACAUGGCUGGUAAAUUGGUGAAUGGCGUGCGUAUUCGCAAGGGUCUGACUCCGGAUGUGCCUCCUCUUGACCGUUUUUACGACCGCUUGUAG